CUGCUCUCUGCUCCUUCAACCUCAUCCAUGGCCGCUGCAUUCCGACCUCCUUUCUUACCUCGAUUCUCUCAUUUCCGGCCGUAAUCGACUCCGAAUUCCAGCUUUUAUUGCAGAUAAGUGAUCAGUGGCUUUGUUGACAGCAAAAGAUGAGGAAAAGGCCUUUACAUCAAUCGAAACAUCCAUUUGAAGAACAUCCUUUUGAGGUCUUCUAUUGUGGCUCCUGGCAAACUGUAAAAGUCAUAAGAAUUGAGAAUGGGGUUAUGAUUAUGUAUCUGACAGAUAAUCAACAUGUGAUUGAGGAGAAACGUCCAUUCUCAAAUCUUCGUAUUAAGUCAAGGGAGGCUACCUUAAAUGACUGCACUUGCUUUUUGAGGCCUGGAGUUGAUAUAUGCGUACUUUCACUGCAGGCAGAUAGUUCUGAUGAGGCAAAUCAGGAGCCUGUGUGGCUUGAUGCGAAAAUAAGUUCUAUUGAGAGGAAGCCUCAUGAGUCUGAAUGCUCAUGCCUGUUUUAUGUUAAUUUCUAUGUUAACCAAGGUCCUCCUGGUUUGGAGAAAUUAACACUUGGCAAAGACACUGAGAUAGUUGGACUCAACCAGAUAUCUAUUCUCCAAAAGCUUGAAAAAGGUCAUUGUGAAAAUCAGCACUACCGGUGGGAUUUCUCAGAGGACUGCUCUACAGUUCAGCGAACUAAGAUAUUUUUGGGGAAAUUCUCAUCUGAUGUUUCAUGGCUGCUUGUUACAUCAGUUUUGAAGCAGAUUGCAUUUGAAGUGAUAUCUGUGGAAAAGAAGAUUGUUUAUCAAAUUUUGGAUGAUGACAAUAGUCCUCUAACAUCUGAUAAUAGUUUUUAUGCUGUAAAUUUCAGAGUAGAAAAUGGAACUUCAGUAUCUGCAGUUAUCCAAUUUGGCCUGUUUGAUACUCCAGACCCUAGUGCUUCUUGUAAUACAGAUGAGGGUGGACAAUCAUCAUUUUUUAAUGCUACAUCUCUGCGACGUUCUAAACGUAGGAAUGUACAACCUGAGCGUUUCCUUGGCUGUGAUAAUACUCUGGAGCCAGAUCCUAACUGGUUCCUUUCAGGGGCAUGCAGGAAGUGGAGGAAAGAAGAGGAGGAGGAGGAGGAGGAUGAUUAUGAUGAUGAUGAUGAUGACGACAAUGAUGCUGAUGAGGACAUGCUUGUACCAUUGUCUCAUUUAUUUGGGAUGAAUCCAAGUUCUUCAGUAGAACAUAUUCAGAGUAAAAGAAAAGAUAUUGUUGUGUCUAAGGACAAGGCUAAGUCAAGUGAGGUAAAAUCACGCUGGAAGAAUCCAAUUCUGAGUGAACAUCAAAACAAACUUGCCCUUGUUCCUGUACCAUCUGAAAGUGAUUCUCUAGCCAUUGAAAGGUAUCACCACCCUAAAAGUCCUAGAAAUUAUUCAGAAGAAAUGGAUAGCAUUUCUUUUAAGCAUUACAAAUCGAAUGGCAAUCACAUGACUCAGAGGCAAAAAAUCCCUGCAUUGGACUAUAUGGAUUAUGAAUUCACGUGGAAGAGAAGAUUUUUUAAUAACAGAGUCCAAAGUAAGAGUCGCCAUUCUAUAUGCUCAAGAAGGGAUCACUCAAGAAGGGAAGAUUUUGAUGAACCACUCAGUUUUAGAAAAACACCUCUAAGUGCUGGUGCUUACAAUAAAUUGAUAAAUUCAUAUCUGAGGAACAUUGAUUCUACAAUCACAAAGGAGGAGCCACUUGUUAUUGACCAGUGGAAUGAGUUUAAGAAGGGAAAAUUAUCAGAAAAAAGAAUUGAAACCGAACAACCCUCAGUGCAGGCUGAGGAAGAAAUCUCAGAAAUUGAAAUGUUAUGGAGAGAAAUGGAACUAUGCAUGGCAUCAGCUUAUCUUGAGGAGGAUGAGGCUAGAGUAUCCACCGAACCUCUGAAAAAAUCAAGUGAAGGUUGCCAGCAUGAGUACAUAUUAGAUGAAGAAAUUGGGAUCCGAUGUCAUAUCUGUGGCUUUGUGAGCACUGAAAUAAAACAUGUUUCAGCACCCUUUAUGGAACACACAAGCUGGACAACAACAGACAGUAAAUGGUGUGAAGAAGAUCCAAAGUACAAGGCCGAUGAAGAUGAGGGCUUAGAUAUUUCAUUCAAUCACAAUUCCUCAGAUUCGCCCUUAUCAGAAGAAAAUGAUAAUAUCUGGGCCCUAAUCCCUGAAUUUAGGAAGAAAUUACACUUCCAUCAGAAGAAGGCCUUUGAGUUCCUGUGGCAAAAUAUUGCUGGCUCUUUAGUACCUGCGCUCAUGGAAUCAUCAUCUGAGAAUACUGGUGGUUGUGCUGUAUCUCAUUCUCCUGGAGCGGGGAAGACUUUUCUCAUUAUUGCCUUCCUUGUCAGCUACUUGAAGUUAUUCCCAGGAAAGCGGCCUUUGGUCCUUGCUCCUAAGACAACUCUUUACACCUGGUACAAAGAAUUUAUCAAGUGGGAAAGUCCAAUACCUGUCCAUUUAAUCCAUGGUCGCAAAACUUAUAGGGUCUUUAAGCAGAGAUCUGAGAGGUUUAAUGGAGUUCCAAGACCCAAUCAAGACGUCAUGCAUAUUCUGGAUUGCCUUGAGAAAAUACAGAAGUGGCAUGCACAACCAAGUGUCCUUGUUAUGGGUUAUACCUCUUUUCUCACGUUAAUGCGAGAAGAUUCAAAAUUUGCUCACAGAAAAUAUAUGGCUAAAGUGCUUAGGGAGAGCCCUGGACUCCUCAUACUAGAUGAAGGGCACAACCCCAGAAGUACCAAAUCUAGGUUGAGAAAGGUUCUAAUGAAAGUUGAAACUGACCUGAGGAUAUUGCUUUCAGGUACAUUGUUCCAGAACAACUUUUGUGAAUAUUUCAAUACCCUCUGCCUAGCAAGACCAAAGUUUGUUAAUGAAGUAUUGAGUGAAUUAGACUCCAAAUUCAAGAGGAAAAACUGUGGGGUGGAAAAAGCUCGCCAUUUGUUAGAAAAUCGAGCAAGGAAAUUCUUCCUAGACAUUAUUGCUAGGAAGAUUGAUUCAGACAUUGGCGAAGAGAGGAUGGUGGGUCUUAACAUGUUGAGAAAUAUAACAAGUGGAUUCAUUGACGUGUAUGAAGGUGCAAAUUCUGACAGCCUCCCUGGUUUGCAAAUUUAUACCAUGGUGAUGAAUUCAACAGACAUACAACAUGAUGUUUUAGUAAAACUUCGUGACAUAAUGGCUGGAUACACUGGCUACCCAUUGGAAUUGGAGCUUCUAAUAACCCUUGCAUCAAUACAUCCUUGGUUGGUCAGAACUUCUAACUGUGUAGGUAAAUUUUUCAGUGCAGAAGAACAAAUGGAGCUUGAGAAGCUGAAGUAUGACUUUAAGAAAGGGUCCAAAGUGAUGUUUGUCCUAAACCUUACUUAUCGAGUUGUGAAGAGGGAGAAGGUUCUACUUUUCUGCCACAACAUUGCACCCAUUAAUUUAUUUGUGGAUUUAUUUGAGAAUGUCUUCCGAUGGCAGAAAGGAAGAGAAAUACUGGUUCUUACAGGCGAUCUAGAGCUAUUUGAACGUGGAAGAAUAAUAGACAAGUUUGAGGAGCCAGGUGGGCCUUCCAGGGUACUACUUGCAUCAAUUACGGCCUGUGCUGAAGGCAUUAGUUUGACAGCUGCUUCAAGAACUGACUCAGCCUCUGUCCUUUUCCUACCUUUUUCCUCGCCUCAUUGUUUUCUUCCCCUCGUCUCCCUUUCACUCCCCGCUCAAUCCUGCUCUCUGCUCCUUCAACCUCAUCCAUGGCCGCUGCAUUCCGACCUCCUUUCUUACCUCGAUUCUCUCAUUUCCGGCCGUAAUCGACUCCGAAUUCCAGCUUUUAUUGCAGCUUUUGAGGUCUUCUAUUGUGGCUCCUGGCAAACUGUAAAAGUCAUAAGAAUUGAGAAUGGGGUUAUGAUUAUGUAUCUGACAGAUAAUCAACAUGUGAUUGAGGAGAAACGUCCAUUCUCAAAUCUUCGUAUUAAGUCAAGGGAGGCUACCUUAAAUGACUGCACUUGCUUUUUGAGGCCUGGAGUUGAUAUAUGCGUACUUUCACUGCAGGCAGAUAGUUCUGAUGAGGCAAAUCAGGAGCCUGUGUGGCUUGAUGCGAAAAUAAGUUCUAUUGAGAGGAAGCCUCAUGAGUCUGAAUGCUCAUGCCUGUUUUAUGUUAAUUUCUAUGUUAACCAAGGUCCUCCUGGUUUGGAGAAAUUAACACUUGGCAAAGACACUGAGAUAGUUGGACUCAACCAGAUAUCUAUUCUCCAAAAGCUUGAAAAAGGUCAUUGUGAAAAUCAGCACUACCGGUGGGAUUUCUCAGAGGACUGCUCUACAGUUCAGCGAACUAAGAUAUUUUUGGGGAAAUUCUCAUCUGAUGUUUCAUGGCUGCUUGUUACAUCAGUUUUGAAGCAGAUUGCAUUUGAAGUGAUAUCUGUGGAAAAGAAGAUUGUUUAUCAAAUUUUGGAUGAUGACAAUAGUCCUCUAACAUCUGAUAAUAGUUUUUAUGCUGUAAAUUUCAGAGUAGAAAAUGGAACUUCAGUAUCUGCAGUUAUCCAAUUUGGCCUGUUUGAUACUCCAGACCCUAGUGCUUCUUGUAAUACAGAUGAGGGUGGACAAUCAUCAUUUUUUAAUGCUACAUCUCUGCGACGUUCUAAACGUAGGAAUGUACAACCUGAGCGUUUCCUUGGCUGUGAUAAUACUCUGGAGCCAGAUCCUAACUGGUUCCUUUCAGGGGCAUGCAGGAAGUGGAGGAAAGAAGAGGAGGAGGAGGAGGAGGAUGAUUAUGAUGAUGAUGAUGAUGACGACAAUGAUGCUGAUGAGGACAUGCUUGUACCAUUGUCUCAUUUAUUUGGGAUGAAUCCAAGUUCUUCAGUAGAACAUAUUCAGAGUAAAAGAAAAGAUAUUGUUGUGUCUAAGGACAAGGCUAAGUCAAGUGAGGUAAAAUCACGCUGGAAGAAUCCAAUUCUGAGUGAACAUCAAAACAAACUUGCCCUUGUUCCUGUACCAUCUGAAAGUGAUUCUCUAGCCAUUGAAAGGUAUCACCACCCUAAAAGUCCUAGAAAUUAUUCAGAAGAAAUGGAUAGCAUUUCUUUUAAGCAUUACAAAUCGAAUGGCAAUCACAUGACUCAGAGGCAAAAAAUCCCUGCAUUGGACUAUAUGGAUUAUGAAUUCACGUGGAAGAGAAGAUUUUUUAAUAACAGAGUCCAAAGUAAGAGUCGCCAUUCUAUAUGCUCAAGAAGGGAUCACUCAAGAAGGGAAGAUUUUGAUGAACCACUCAGUUUUAGAAAAACACCUCUAAGUGCUGGUGCUUACAAUAAAUUGAUAAAUUCAUAUCUGAGGAACAUUGAUUCUACAAUCACAAAGGAGGAGCCACUUGUUAUUGACCAGUGGAAUGAGUUUAAGAAGGGAAAAUUAUCAGAAAAAAGAAUUGAAACCGAACAACCCUCAGUGCAGGCUGAGGAAGAAAUCUCAGAAAUUGAAAUGUUAUGGAGAGAAAUGGAACUAUGCAUGGCAUCAGCUUAUCUUGAGGAGGAUGAGGCUAGAGUAUCCACCGAACCUCUGAAAAAAUCAAGUGAAGGUUGCCAGCAUGAGUACAUAUUAGAUGAAGAAAUUGGGAUCCGAUGUCAUAUCUGUGGCUUUGUGAGCACUGAAAUAAAACAUGUUUCAGCACCCUUUAUGGAACACACAAGCUGGACAACAACAGACAGUAAAUGGUGUGAAGAAGAUCCAAAGUACAAGGCCGAUGAAGAUGAGGGCUUAGAUAUUUCAUUCAAUCACAAUUCCUCAGAUUCGCCCUUAUCAGAAGAAAAUGAUAAUAUCUGGGCCCUAAUCCCUGAAUUUAGGAAGAAAUUACACUUCCAUCAGAAGAAGGCCUUUGAGUUCCUGUGGCAAAAUAUUGCUGGCUCUUUAGUACCUGCGCUCAUGGAAUCAUCAUCUGAGAAUACUGGUGGUUGUGCUGUAUCUCAUUCUCCUGGAGCGGGGAAGACUUUUCUCAUUAUUGCCUUCCUUGUCAGCUACUUGAAGUUAUUCCCAGGAAAGCGGCCUUUGGUCCUUGCUCCUAAGACAACUCUUUACACCUGGUACAAAGAAUUUAUCAAGUGGGAAAGUCCAAUACCUGUCCAUUUAAUCCAUGGUCGCAAAACUUAUAGGGUCUUUAAGCAGAGAUCUGAGAGGUUUAAUGGAGUUCCAAGACCCAAUCAAGACGUCAUGCAUAUUCUGGAUUGCCUUGAGAAAAUACAGAAGUGGCAUGCACAACCAAGUGUCCUUGUUAUGGGUUAUACCUCUUUUCUCACGUUAAUGCGAGAAGAUUCAAAAUUUGCUCACAGAAAAUAUAUGGCUAAAGUGCUUAGGGAGAGCCCUGGACUCCUCAUACUAGAUGAAGGGCACAACCCCAGAAGUACCAAAUCUAGGUUGAGAAAGGUUCUAAUGAAAGUUGAAACUGACCUGAGGAUAUUGCUUUCAGGUACAUUGUUCCAGAACAACUUUUGUGAAUAUUUCAAUACCCUCUGCCUAGCAAGACCAAAGUUUGUUAAUGAAGUAUUGAGUGAAUUAGACUCCAAAUUCAAGAGGAAAAACUGUGGGGUGGAAAAAGCUCGCCAUUUGUUAGAAAAUCGAGCAAGGAAAUUCUUCCUAGACAUUAUUGCUAGGAAGAUUGAUUCAGACAUUGGCGAAGAGAGGAUGGUGGGUCUUAACAUGUUGAGAAAUAUAACAAGUGGAUUCAUUGACGUGUAUGAAGGUGCAAAUUCUGACAGCCUCCCUGGUUUGCAAAUUUAUACCAUGGUGAUGAAUUCAACAGACAUACAACAUGAUGUUUUAGUAAAACUUCGUGACAUAAUGGCUGGAUACACUGGCUACCCAUUGGAAUUGGAGCUUCUAAUAACCCUUGCAUCAAUACAUCCUUGGUUGGUCAGAACUUCUAACUGUGUAGGUAAAUUUUUCAGUGCAGAAGAACAAAUGGAGCUUGAGAAGCUGAAGUAUGACUUUAAGAAAGGGUCCAAAGUGAUGUUUGUCCUAAACCUUACUUAUCGAGUUGUGAAGAGGGAGAAGGUUCUACUUUUCUGCCACAACAUUGCACCCAUUAAUUUAUUUGUGGAUUUAUUUGAGAAUGUCUUCCGAUGGCAGAAAGGAAGAGAAAUACUGGUUCUUACAGGCGAUCUAGAGCUAUUUGAACGUGGAAGAAUAAUAGACAAGUUUGAGGAACCAGGUGGGCCUUCCAGGGUGCUACUUGCAUCAAUUACGGCCUGUGCUGAAGGCAUUAGUUUGACAGCUGCUUCAAGAGUGAUUUUGUUGGAUUCUGAAUGGAAUCCUUCCAAGACAAAGCAGGCAAUAGCACGGGCUUUUAGGCCUGGUCAGCAAAAGGUUGUUUAUGUGUAUCAGCUACUGGCAUCAGGCACACUUGAGGAAGACAAGUACCGUAGGACCACAUGGAAGGAAUGGGUAUCAAGUAUGAUUUUUAGUGAAGCAUUUGUGGAGGAUCCAUCUUGCUGGCAAGCAGAAAAGAUUGAAGAUGAUGUUUUAAGGGAGAUGGUUGCAGAGGACAAGGUCAAGUCUUUCCAUAUGAUAAUGAAAAAUGAAAAGGCUUCGACAGGUUGAUAAGAGACUAGCUUCCAUAUGUAGAACAAUGAAAGUAUCAGAAGCUAUCUUUCGUCACAGAUCCUCUGUUCUCGGCAGCUAGUUUAGCAAAAUUUCUAGAAGUUGCAGGAUUUUCUUCCAGGCAAAAGAAAGUGCAGGACUUCCACAAUUUUCCAAUUGUAAGAGAGGUGUCCAAAUCUUCCUAAAUCUAGGUGAAUGAACUGCUUAUUUCUGUUUAUUUCUAUUCAUCAACCAUAAUUUCAUGGCAUAGCCAAAAAUACUCUGUAAAAAUCCAAUGGGCCAUGAAAAUUACUGGCUUGCAUCAUAAAUACUCUUGUAUUCUUCAUUUAAAUAUGCCAUGCAUUGUAUAUUUAUGAGGCUGCAACAAGCCAAUAUAAGCCAUCCUAUAGG